AGUGCCCGCCAGGUACCCGGGGCCGAGCCGUGGGGCGGGCGGAGGCAGACGCCCCGGCGGGGAGCGACCCAGCUCCGCAAAGCCGCCCGCGGGGCGCUGAUGGCCGGACGCUUCCUGGGACGGGCUCUCGCCGCGGUGUCUCUGUCUGUGGCCUUGGCCUCGGUGACCGUCAGGCCCGCGGGCCGCCGCCGCAUCCCGGCGUGCAGUAGCUCAUUUUCAUCCAGCUGGUUUCAUCUUGAUACCAACAGCAUGUCUGGUUCUAAUGGCUCCAAAGAGAAUUCCCACAACAAGGCUCGGACAUCUCCUUACCCAGGUUCCAAAGUGGAACGGAGCCAGGUUCCCAAUGAGAAGGUAGGCUGGCUCGUAGAGUGGCGAGAUUAUAACCCUGUGGAGUACACUGCAGUCUCUGUCCUGGCUGGACCCCAGUGGGCAGAUCCUCAGAUCAGUGAAAGUAACUUUUCUCCUAAGUUUAACGAAAAGGAUGGGCAUGUUGAGAGAAAGAGCCAGAAUGGCCUGUAUGAGAUUGAAAAUGGAAGACCCAGAAAUCCUGCAGGACGAACAGGAUUGGUUGGCCGGGGACUUUUGGGACGAUGGGGCCCAAAUCAUGCUGCAGAUCCCAUCAUAACCAGGUGGAAAAGAGACAGCAGUGGAAAUAAAAUCUUGCACCCUGUUUCUGGGAAACACAUCUUACAGUUUGUUGCAAUAAAAAGGAAAGACUGUGGAGAAUGGGCAAUCCCAGGGGGGAUGGUAGAUCCGGGAGAGAAGAUUAGUGCCACCCUGAAAAGAGAAUUUGGUGAGGAAGCCCUAAACUCCCUACAGAAAUCUGGUGCUGAAAAGAGAGAAAUAGAGGAGCAGUUGCACAAACUCUUUAGCCAAGAGCAUCUAGUGAUAUAUAAGGGCUAUGUUGAUGAUCCCCGGAAUACCGAUAAUGCGUGGAUGGAGACAGAAGCUGUGAACUACCAUGAUGAGACAGGUGAGAUAAUGGAUAAUCUUACCCUGGAAGCUGGAGAUGAUGCUGGAAAAGUGAGAUGGGUGGACAUCAGCAAUAGACUCAAGCUGUAUGCCAGUCACUCGCAAUUCAUCAGGCUUGUGGCAGAGAAACGAGAUGCGCACUGGAGUGAGGACUGUGAAACUGAUGGCCAGGGGUCAUAGCUCAUGUCUCCACAUGAGCCCAAGGCUCUCAAAGGAGCAUGCACUGAAAAGAAGGCACUGUCACAGAACUUAGGCUAUGAAACGGGCCCAGGAGGCCGCCUGUUCACUUUCAGAACAAAUUGCUUCUAGAGGGUUUUGCAUCAGAAUACAAUGAAUAAAUAUGACGAAAUGGAACACAUUAUUUUCAGCUUUCUGGUCAAAAGGAAUAUAAAUAGUUGCAUUUUGUAUGUAUUCUGUUUAAGCCAAAUUUAAGCCACCAGCGCUCUUUGAAGACUCGUAAUCAAAAUAAAGAUAAAUUCCUGAUCUGCUG